AUGACUGAAUCAGCAACCAAGCGUCUCAAGACGGGCCCCAGAAUCGGCACCCACAACGGCCACUUCCACGCCGACGAAGCCCUCGCCGUGCACAUGCUCCGCAUGCUCCCUGCCUACCGAGACGCGGAGCUCGUUCGAACGCGCGAUCCCAAGGUCCUCGACACUUGCCACACCGUCGUCGACGUCGGCGGCGAAUACGACGCUCACCGCAACCGGUACGACCACCACCAGAGGGGCUUCGCAACCACGUUCCCCGGCAGAGAGACCAAGCUGUCCAGCGCGGGCCUCGUCUUCCUCCACUUUGGCAAGGCCAUCGUGGCGCAGAGAAUCGACGCCAGCCAAGAUGCCCCCGAGGUCGCCCUGCUCCACAACAAGCUGUACGAGAGCUUCGUCGAGGCCCUCGACGCCCACGACAAUGGCCUCUCCGUCUACGACCCCGCCGUCAUUGCUGCGGCCGGGCUGGAAAAGCGCUACAGCGACGGCGGCUUCUCCCUCGCGGCGGUCGUGUCGCGCCUGAACCCCAACUGGAAUGAUCCUGAGCUGCCAGACCCCCAGGCCGCUCAAGCAGCAGAGGACGAAAAGUUUGUCGCGGCUAGCCAGCGCAUCGGGGAGGAGUUUGAGCGCGAUCUGGAUUACUAUGCCUCGGCGUGGCUGCCAGCUCGUGCUGUUGUUCAAGAGGCUUUCCGCAAACGAACCAGGUUUGACUCGGAAGGGAGGGUGCUUGUCUUUGAGGGCCAGUCCGUCCCUUGGAAGGAUCACCUAUAUUCCCUGGAAGAAGAAGACGGAAAACCAUCCGUACUAUACGUCUUGUAUCCCGAGUCAACUGCCUCCGGAGCGAAAUGGAGGAUCCAGUGCGUGCCCGAGUCUAAAGAUAGCUUUGUGAGCCGCAAACCUCUUCCAGAAGCAUGGAGAGGCUUUCGAGACGAGGAACUAGAUGGUAUCACAGGCAUUUCGGGGUGCGUCUUUGUUCACAGUGCUGGUUUCAUUGGGGGCAACAAGACGUUUGAUGGUGCCAAGCAAAUGGUCGCCAAGGCACUAGCUUAA